UGUAAAAUCCCUAAAGAGGAUUUAUGUGGAUCAGAGAGACGACAUGCCGCUGAAGAGAGAAGACACUGAGCGUGCUCUGCAGGUGAUGGAGGCCUGUCAGGCCGGAGCGGCCGACGGGGUCAAAGGUCGCGCUGAGAAACUGCUGAACAUCUUCCAGAGUGACCUGUUCCAGGCUCUGCUGGACAUUCAGGAGUUCUACGAGCUGACCAUCGGUGAGAACCAGACUACGACAACAAGCCGUCCACACACACCUGGACAGAAGUAUCGUUACCAAGACGAUGAGACUCCGCCUGCCGACCCCAGCCCCGGACACGUAACUCACGGACGCAGCACAGAGCCCAGUCACACACACCUGGACGGAUACACACACCCUGCUGCUGUCACGAUGAACGGAUCAGAAGGAGAGCUGGAGUACGAAGAGAUCACUCUGGAGAGGGGUAACUCUGGUCUGGGAUUCAGCAUCGCAGGAGGAACUGAUAAUCCUCACAUUGGAGACGACCCGUCCAUCUUCAUCACCAAGAUCAUUCCUGGAGGAGCUGCUGCCCAGGACGGACGCCUCAGAGUCAACGACAGCAUCGUGUUCGUUAACGACGUGGACGUGCGUGAGGUCACUCACUCCCUCGCGGUGGAGGCGCUGAAGGAGGCGGGGCCUGUCGUCAGGCUGUACGUGUUGCGGAGACGCCCACCCAGCGAGCGCGUCACGCAGAUCAAACUCAUGAAGGGACCCAAAGGUCUGGGGUUCAGUAUAGCGGGCGGUGUGGGGAACCAACAUGUUCCCGGAGACAACAGCAUCUACGUCACCAAGAUCAUCGAGGGAGGAGCAGCGCACCGCGACGGACGGCUACAGAUCGGGGACAAAAUAUUGGCCGUGAACCACGUGUCUCUGGAGGACGUCCUCCACGAAGACGCCGUGGUGGCGCUGAAGAACACGGGCGAGGUCGUGUACCUGAAGGUGGCGGCGCCCACCGCGCAGUACAUGCACCCAGCGGACCGCUACAGCCCCCCCGACCUCACCAGCUGUACGACCAGCUGGUCUCUGGCACAGACCAGUGGUCACAACCACUAG